GUCGCGCUCCGGGAGGUGGACAGCGCGGCUGCUGCUCGUCCUAGCGGAGUGGAGAGUGUCUGCCGCCGUCGCCAUGAGCCGCACGUAUAACGAUGAGCUCCAGUUCCUGGAAAAGAUCAACAAGAACUGCUGGAGGAUCAAGAAGGGCUUCGUGCCCAACAUGCAGGUUGAAGGAGUUUUCUACGUGAACGAUGCUCUGGAGAAGUUAAUGUUUGAGGAAUUAAGGAAUGCCUGUCGGGGUGGUGGUGUUGGUGGCUUCCUGCCAGCUAUGAAGCAGAUCGGCAAUGUGGCAGCCCUGCCUGGGAUUGUUCAUCGAUCCAUUGGGCUUCCCGACGUCCAUUCAGGCUAUGGGUUUGCUAUUGGGAAUAUGGCAGCCUUUGAUAUGAAUGACCCGGAAGCAGUGGUAUCCCCAGGUGGUGUCGGAUUUGACAUCAACUGUGGCGUCCGCUUGCUGAGAACCAAUUUAGAUGAAAGUGAUGUCCAGCCUGUGAAGGAGCAGCUUGCACAAGCCAUGUUUGACCACAUUCCCGUUGGGGUGGGAUCAAAAGGUGUCAUUCCAAUGAAUGCCAAAGACUUGGAGGAGGCCUUGGAGAUGGGUGUGGACUGGUCUCUAAGAGAAGGCUAUGCCUGGGCCGAAGACAAGGAGCACUGUGAGGAGUACGGAAGGAUGCUGCAAGCCGACCCCAAUAAGGUGUCUCCACGGGCCAAAAAAAGAGGCCUUCCUCAGUUGGGGACCCUGGGAGCAGGCAACCACUAUGCAGAAAUCCAGGUUGUAGAUGAGAUCUUCAAUGAGUAUGCAGCUAAGAAAAUGGGCAUCGACCAUAAGGGACAAGUGUGCGUGAUGAUCCACAGUGGGAGCAGAGGCUUGGGCCACCAAGUAGCCACAGAUGCACUGGUGGCUAUGGAAAAAGCCAUGAAGAGAGACAAGAUCAUCGUAAAUGACCGUCAGCUGGCUUGUGCACGAAUCGCUUCUGUGGAAGGUCAGGACUACCUGAAGGGAAUGGCAGCGGCUGGGAACUACGCCUGGGUCAACCGCUCCUCCAUGACUUUCUUAACCCGCCAGGCUUUUGCCAAGGUCUUCAACACAACCCCUGAUGACUUGGACCUGCAUGUGAUCUAUGAUGUGUCUCACAACAUCGCCAAGGUGGAGCAGCACGUGGUGGACGGGAAGGAGCGGACGCUGCUGGUGCACAGGAAGGGAUCCACCCGGGCUUUCCCUCCUCACCAUCCCCUCAUCGCCGUGGAUUACCAGCUCACUGGACAACCGGUGCUCAUUGGUGGCACCAUGGGAACCUGCAGUUACGUCCUUACUGGCACUGAACAGGGCAUGACUGAGACCUUUGGAACAACCUGUCAUGGAGCGGGCCGUGCAUUGUCCCGAGCUAAAUCUCGGCGUAAUCUAGAUUUCCAGGACGUCUUAGACAAACUGGCAGAUAUGGGGAUCGCAAUCCGUGUUGCCUCGCCCAAACUGGUUAUGGAAGAGGCUCCCGAGUCCUACAAGAACGUGACUGACGUGGUGAACACCUGCCAUGAUGCUGGCAUCAGCAAGAAGGCCAUCAAACUGCGGCCCAUCGCCGUUAUCAAAGGGUAGGACCUCUGCCCGCAGGACUGCUGGGCAACACUGACCCCCCUGAAGUGGAAGUGGGCCGAAACACUCUUCAGACAUCAAUUCCAGACCUGGCAGGCUCCAAAGUGUGCAGCUGUAGCUGCUCGUGUCGGCAUGGCUGAUGGGGAGGCUGCGGCCUUCAGGAGCCAGUGUUGUAAACAGUCUUCCAGAAGGGGUCCCCUUGCCCCGAUUUGGAAAGAGACAAGUAUGCUCCCUGGCCCACAGGUUUUAGUAACUUCUGGUAGGUGGAGAAGUGAAGCAGCAGCCUCAGGUCUGCAAGUCUCAUCAUCAGGAUGAACUUCCCCUCGAGUUCUGUUUACGUACCAAGAGGUGCCAUGAAGAACGUUCUAUUAAAUAAGAAGGUUUUGGAAUGUUUGCUUUCUUCCCUCACUUUGUUGGUUUGUCCAUUCAUCACCCAUCUAACACACCACGUCUGCAUCUUUUAACAGAGGGCACCCGAGGGGCGGUGAUCAGGUGGUGGGGAGCAUUGAGGAGAGGGUGUAGGUGCAGAUGCAGGACUAGGGGCUCAGCAGAGAAACUAACUUCUCGGGCCUUGCUACCUUUCUCAUUCUAAAUAUAAGGCCGGGUUUUAGCUGCAACGUGGCACCUGCUGUGGUGGCUGUCAUCAGUUAGGCCUGACCCAGUAAACUAAGUUUAGAGUAAUGUCUUGUACAGCAGCAAAAAAAAAAAAAAGCCUCACAUAAAACUGCAUGUCUUUAUGUCAUGUGAUUGAAUUAUGAAAGUGUUGCGUGGCUGGAGCUAUGGCAUUAACAGUUUCUCUGUUUUGACAGAUUGGUGUCAGGCCAGCUAGUCAGAUUUUGUGUUAGAUAUGGUGACACCUAAAGACAUUCUCAGGUCUUUGAGUUACACAUUAAUAAGGCCUUGGUUGAGUCCAAGCAGCCACUAAAAUACAAAAAUCUAAUAAAGUUGCCAUGUAUUGCUUAUAUUUCAUAGCUUAGCACAAUUUAAAUUUGUAUUUGAUUCACUUUGGGCAG